CAAACAUAUUCACCAACAUGCCUACCUCAAUUAAACAGAAACCUGAUUUAUUAGAUCUUGAUGCUUUUUAUCAAAGUUAUGUAGAUACUUUUGGUAUUGUAGUCUACGGAGAAGAAUUAAACAAAGCCAAAUCUAUACCAGCCCAAUUCAAACUUACUACUUGUAUUACUAAAACUCUUUGCAACUACAAAGCUACCCAUUUUUUUCCAGCUCCUACAUCUACUGCUACCAUUAAAUGCCUUUGUGGCAACUUUCAUACACAAUUUAUCUCUUCAUCAAACAAACAAUAUAUUUUAUCUGCCUCAGCUAGUCCUACCACUUUCAACAAUCAA